CCGAGUCAUUUUCAUGUCCAUUGACAUUCCAUAUAUACUUGUGAAUUGUAACUGUAAAGUCCGCUGAAGAAGUAUUAGCGCAUACCUUCACACACUGAGUGCCAUCGCAGUUCAAUUCCGGUUGCCGAGCCUUUUCACCCCUUUUUCUGUCUUCAAAUGGAAAUGAUUUCCAUUGGCCCAAGGUGUCCAUGUAAAUAGGUGUAAAUGAAACCAGAUUAUGCCUUCCUCCCAGCCCCCUCCUCCCAUGGCAAUUGUCAUGUGAUAGCAAAGAGGUGGCACAUUAAUGGAGCGCCUCUACAGGGGUCUUUUCUGCUCAUGUCACUACAUAAAACUAUCAGAUGGUUAGAGGAAGGCCAUGGAGGCAUCCACUUAGCUCGUCUUAUCAAGGACGCCAAAUGAAGUCUAUUCAGCUCUGUUAGCGGGACAAGCUGACUUACUUUGCAAGAAAGACUUACUGCAGCCGUCACUCCAUAAAUGUGCACCGUCCGCCCGCCUGCACACUGCAGAGGCGCGCAACCUGGCUGUUUUACGCACAACGCAACUCCAGCUUUGCCUGUUUUGAAACUUUCCUCAGCGGUUGUUUUCAUGAAGAGCGGCAAGCUGUCGCCAAGGAAUUAAGGGAGACUACUUUUUAUUGCUUUUCUGAAAAAUACCGAGGAUGCCUCGUCCGGGGAGAAACACGUACAGCGACCAGAAGCCACCUUACUCUUACAUCUCCCUUACCGCCAUGGCGAUCCAGAGCUGCCCAGAGAAGAUGCUGCCGCUCAGUGAAAUUUAUAAGUUCAUCAUGGAUAGAUUCCCUUAUUAUAGAGAAAACACUCAGCGGUGGCAAAACUCUCUGCGACACAACCUGUCCUUCAACGACUGUUUCAUUAAAAUCCCCCGGCGCCCAGAUCAACCAGGUAAGGGCAGUUUCUGGGCUCUGCACCCCAGCUGCGGGGACAUGUUUGAGAAUGGAAGUUUCUUGAGACGCCGCAAAAGGUUCAAAGUGUUGACUACAUCUGAUCAUUUGGCUCCAAGUAAGCAGUCGGAUGCUGCCCAUUAUCUCCAGCAGCAAGCCAAGCUGAGACUGAGCGCCCUGGCAGCCACUGGCACACACCUUCCCCAAAUGUCAACUUACAACCUCGGAGUGUCUCAGACAUCAACUUUUAAGCAUCCGUUUGCCAUCGAGAACAUCAUCGCCAGAGAGUACAAGGUCCCGGGAAGUCUGGCGUUCUCCACCAUGCAGUCCAUGUCUGCCGGGUACCCGCUCCACAACCAGCUGACGACAGCCUGGCCCCACAUGUACAACACCAGCGUGAUUGACACGGCGGCCCCAAUCUCCAUGGCAGGCAGCGACUACAGUGCCUAUGGCGUGCCCAUCAAGUCCCUGUGUCACAGUGGACAGUCCUUACCGGCUAUUCCUGUGCCAAUCAAGCCCACCCCGACCUCCAUGUCCGGUUUCUCGGCGUUACCUCCACACAUCCCCGCGUUUCUAUCAAACUCUCCACAGUCCCUGAGCCCGACGUCCCCACAGACAGCGACGAGCCAAAGCAGCCCCGCAACCCCGAGCGAGACUCUGACGAGCCCCUCCACACUGCAGUCUGUGGCUGUGCACUGACCAGCUGAACUUUCCCAGUAAACGAACUGCUGGCUGGCUCCCAGGCCCUUUUACCAAUCCCAAAGUUUAUAUUUUCUGUCGUCGGAAACUAUCAAGGCGAGUUGCAGUUGCGUAUCGAAUUAUUUGUGUAUGUGUUGAAUGUGUCGCUUUAAAUCGUGUCAUAGAAGUCCAGCACAGAAUCGCACAGCGAAAUAUUGCUCUUGAAAAUAUAAAUUAUUUGAUAGUUCUAUUUUUCAGUUUAUUGUGAAAUGUGAGUGUUGAAAGUGGAGCCACUGAGGGGAUCCGGGGGGGUUUGGCACCAUCGACUCUGAUUUUAAGUGCUUGCAAUUCUCGUGGCAGUUUUUCCAGUUUUAUCAAAUAGCAAAACUUUUGAACCGUUUCUGUGUGACCACUAUAAUGUCAAUGAAAUUGCGAGGCAAUGGCUCUGUGCUUUGUUUGCUUUUAAUACUGGAAUGGUGGUUAAGGGUAUACCAAAUAGGAACAGGAUUUAGAUUUGCUCUUACCUUCCCUGUAAAAAAAAAAGGAAAGCAAACUGAGUUAUGAAAUCUUUUCAAAAUGGAAAAGUAGUAUUGUGAGACGUCCUCAAAAUUAAAUGCAAGAUGUGAAUAUUGCAAAUAACUGAUACUGAAAUGUUGUAAAAUGCACUUUUUAGUUUUAUGUUUUAGAUAUCUAUUUUCCAGAAAAUGUUCUGUGAAGCAUUUAAUUUAAAAGGCUGUGGUGACCAUGUGUAUCAGAUGCUGUAAAUUUGUACUUUUUUUAGGUAAAGCAUGCAUUCUAAAAAUUUGUGUUGUUACUGUUGUUGUUAUUGUUGUUGUUUUGUUUUUGUUUGUUUAUUUUUUGCAAGCAUGUGUGCUUUCGAAAAAGUGUGCAAACAGUCUGCAAUGAAUUGGAAAAAAAAAACUGGUCAUCGAAAUAUUUUCUCAUUAAAAGUGAAGUAAACAAUCAAAAAUGCUUCUGAAGAUUUAAUCUAAGACGAUGUCACAUGUUAUUAUUAUUAUUAUUAUUAUUAGGCUAUUAUUAUCAUUAUUAUAAGUCUCAGAUAACACAGUUAUUAUUCAAUUGGUAUAGAAUAUUUUUAUAUCACUUCCAUUUUUCAUAUAAUAAUAAUAAUAAUAAUAAUAAUAAUAAUAAUAAUAAUAAUAGCCUACUUUAAUUUUUCUUCUAUGCAGACCUGUAUGAUUUCAGUGUGAGAGUUGCAGAGAAGCAGUGGGGAGAGAAAUUAAUCGUGCAGUCGAUUAGGAUGCAUGGAGUUGCGAUGCCAUGGUCACAGCGCAGACAACUGGGCUCAUUCAUCAAGCUGCUGGCUAAACACAAUUAAGCCCGACAAUAAACAUUUAGAAAAGCUGCACACAGUGUCCGAAUUAACAUUGUUACAUUUUUCGACUUCUAAUGUCGCAGAGGGCAAUUAAACAAGUGUCAUGUUGAGUUUUCCCCCUCCCAGUAAUGAGUGCAACUGACAGUUUGGACCGUAUCAUUUUUUUUUUUUAUUCCUAUUCGCGCGAAGUUAAUUCAACAGGUUUUAUAAAUACAGACAGAGAAAUGACUGCAAAAAAGUGCAAAAUAUAUUUUUAAUUCUUUUACUCGAUUUGUUUUCGGAAUGACUUAAAUAAAAAAAAAAAUAACGCACUGUAUCUGCCUCCCCCACAGAAAGCAACAGCCCAUUUCGGGGUAUUGAACAAAUACAUUAGAAUUCCGUCACUUUAUGCAAUCGAGUAGAUCAAAUAAAGGGUCUCGGGCCACUUCAUUCUCCUCCAUUCACUUGAAUUGAAAGUGCAAAGAAUAGCAAACUUAGACUGGGCCACCAAUGUAGAUUUAGCCUUUUUUCAGCGAGACAAAAAGACUGAUUUUUCACAAACACAUUGCUGACUGGGGAACUAGGAAACGAGCUGCAAGACCCUUUUGGAAUUUAAAUCCACCCCUCCCCCAUGGACUGUUUGGACAACAGUGUUAGUUUUUUUUUUUUUUUCCCUCCCACUUUGUGCAUUUGUGUGUGUAACAUUAAUUCUGACUCUGGAUGAUUAAAUGUAUUCAAACUGCAACUCCAGAUUACAAGCUUUAAUUUUGAAUCCGAUUUUAUUUUUCUGGCUGGUCAUUACGAUGACAUUAAAACCACAUAAACAAACAUUUGGAACUUUUUUAUUGAACACAUUAAAGAAAUUAAAUCCAGCGACAUCUGUGUCACACAAGUGGAAAAAAAAUUUAAUAGCAUAUAGUGACAAUAUAUAUUUACUACACAUUUAUAAAAAUGUUUUUUUUUCAUUUGGAUUUCAGUGUACUUAACUUUGUCUUAUUUGGUAUGUAUUGCACUGUUGUAAGUAAAAUGUUUUUGUAAUAUAUAUAUAGAUGAAUGUUUGAAAAUAACUUUUGUGAAUAAGAAGUCGUUCAUUGUAAAGUCAUCCCAAUAUGUGAAAUGUAAAAAUAACCAAACGUUUUCAUUUGAUGUAUUAUGAAGCAGAAUGCAAUAUUCAAAUGGCAUAUUGCAUUUAAUAAGCAACAUCCUGUCAUCCUAUAAUUGUGUUUUAAGACACAAUGCAUGGGGCUGAUGUACCAUGCGAAUUACUGAAAUGUUGCACAUCAGUGUUAGUCUAGAAACACAAAAUGAGUGUGUUGUUCAGCUGGCACUCAGUUCCAUCUCUAAUAAAUAAACACCAUCAGCUUUUCCUGUGCACACUGUUCAAAUGAGCAAAUUAAUUUAACUCCUAAGAGAGAACGUGUGAAACCACUGGCAUUAAAAAUGAUUACAGGUUACAGGUGGGAGAGAGAGGAAACACAUGUUAGACCUCGCCACAUGAAACUCAUCUCUGAUACCUGACCCUCAAGAAAUUGAAAUAAAUAGUCUGGAAAACAUCAUUUUUUUCUGAAUAAAACCUCUUAAACAAUAACUAGAGUUUUUCCUCCUACUCAAUUUUUAGCUUUUCUUUCCUUCCAUAAUACAAAUACAAUCUGUUCUUGCUAUUUCAGUCGAUUAUACAGACAGUAUUUUCCACAGUUCAGUAGCAUCAGUAUGAACUCAGUUGUAUAAUCCAAGUCUGCAUUGUCCUUGUUCUCUCAACUAUGUUCCACUUAGACAAAGAAGAAGGUCAUCAUAGGCAGGGGAUGAAAUAUAGACCACAUGCAAAACCCCAAUGUUGUAGUUUAAUUAAAAUAAUUCAUUAAAGUGGAGGCCUAAGGUAAUUAGCAUGUAUAAUUUAUGAUUUGCCUAAUGCAUGCAGGCAGUGGCCUCCGCAAUAAACUCAACUUAACCUCAAGUAGGGAACUGAUACGGACAGGGUGCUGUUAUUUACUAUGUGUUUAUUGUUUGGAUAUUUGUCAGGAGGAAGCAGUGUUUCAUAAAACCCUGGCCGUUAUCUGGCUUCCACAGCACACAAACAACUUAUUUGUUUAUGUGUUUAUCUUGUAGAUUUAUGCUCACUCAUAAGAGAAGCUGUCAGAUUUGUUUUGAAGGAGAGAUAUCGGGAAUUGCCCUCACUUUUUUUUUUUUUUGUUUGGUGUAUAUAUGUUCACGGUUAUCCUGCUGGUCACUAGUGUUGAAAAUAGUUUAUGCUCGCUCUUUGAGCUGACAGAAUGAGGACAAACACCACAAGGUAGCGCCUCUCCUCUCCCACAGCAGACUGUCAGCGCUGACUUUUAGAAGAAGCAAAAUAAUCAGUGAUAGACAAAACUUGCAUUAAUUAUGCUCGGCAAAUGUGUCAAUCCUUGACAAUCCUUUGACAUUUUGAAACGUGGCUAGUGGCUAUGUUUUAUUAUUUCUUGCAAGUACAUGUAGUUUUUAUAAAAACAACAAAGUAAAACAAAUAUUUUCAGAUGGAGCUGUGGACCAUGGUAAACACAUUUAUUUUAGUGGUAAACAGAGCAACAUGGUGCUCUCCUGAUGGGCGAGAAAGGCACUUAUGUCUGAGAUACAAUGAUUCCUUUAAACCUGUUUGUACAAAUCAUGCACAGUUUGCUCUUAGUAAAUUUUACCAUUCAGAA